AAGAAGACCGCGAGCAGGCCCGUUCAAGGGUUCUGAAGCUGUCGAGGAAAAUGGUAGUUCAGCUGUGUGAAACGAAACGACCGGUUCUCUGGUUUUCAAAUAAAGUUUACAGAUCUUUAAUUCUCUAGCUAUGGAAGCAGAGGCGAGCCCGCUACACGUGGAGUUUCCGGACUUCUCCUGCUCCAUCCUGAAGAAGCUGAAUCGGCAGAGGCAGCUCGGUCAGUUGUGUGACAUCACAGUGGUGAUCCAGGGCCACCGCUUCCGAGCCCACCGGGCCGUGCUCGCGGCCAGCUCCCCGUACUUCUGCGACCAGGUCCUCCUGAAGAACAGCGUCCGCGUGGUCCUGCCCGACGUCAUGCUCCCCAGGGUGUUCGAGAGCCUCCUGCUGUCCUGCUACACGGGCACCCUCCUGCUGCCGGCAGGCGAGGUGGUGGCCUUCUUGACGGCCGCCAGCUUCCUGCAGAUGUGGCACGUGGUGGACAAGUGUACCGAGCUUCUGGAGGGGAACUCUGCUGCCCCGUGCCACAAGUCCGACCCGGGAAGCCCGCGCCCGUCGCCGGGCAACAGUGGCUACGGCAGCCCGAGCAAGGGCUUCGACCUCGCGCUGACCACAGAACCGGGUCUGUUCGACUUCAACGACGGAGAGGCGGAAAACUCCUUCUCUCCGCACGCGUUCGGAGAAGCUGUUCCGCCAGGCCUGACCCCCCCCUCGGCGGAGAACGAGGCGAGCUUGGUGCCGCCGCUCCCCCCGGAAGGAGAUAACGGGGGCAGCGAGGUGACGGAUUUCCGCUGCUCCAGACCGCGGUACGCCCAGCCCGGCAUCGCACGCCGGAAGCGCUGGGUCCGGGUGAAGGCGGAGAAAAUGGAGCGGGAGGACUUCUACGGCUCGCUGGCGGAAACGGAGACGGAACCAGCGGACCCGGAACCGGCGAGCCCCUCCGAAGAGAAAGUCCGGCUCAUUCCCGGCGGUGGGGUGGCAGAGAAGCUGGAGGCCGACCCCAAGGAGGAGGGCCUGAAGGGGCGGGGGCACGUGUUCGAUGAGCCGCUGGACUUCUACGGCGCGUCCAUGGAGGAGUUCUCCGGCGACAAGUCCGACGAGCCCCCUCACAAACCCGGCGAAGACUCGGGCGGGGCCGCGGACGCCUCGGAGCUCGCCCGGCAGGGCAUGCAGGAGGAGACGUCCCAUUCAGGUUUUGCGGCGGUGGUCUACAAGCUGUAUCCGUGCCAGUGCGGCAAGAGCUUCACCCACAAGAGCCAGCGGGACCGGCACAUGAGCAUGCACCUGGGGCUGCGGCCCUACGGCUGCGCCGUCUGCGGGAAGAAGUUCAAGAUGAAGCACCACCUGGUGGGCCACAUGAAGAUCCACACGGGCGUCAAGCCCUAUGAGUGCAGCAUCUGCGCCAAGAGGUUCAUGUGGAGGGACAGCUUCAACCGCCACGUGUCCUCCUGCGUCAGGGCCCACCAGGCCAAGCGCUCUGUCGCCCAGCAGGGAAUCUGCUGAUUCACCGGCUCCCACUGUCAGGUCACCCUCUCCAGGUUACGGAGAGGUUGACCUGACAAUGUAGUCAUUAUGGUGUGGGGGCUUACGGUCAUGCCCUGAUCCAGAUGAAAUCUCUGGACCUCAGAUAUGCAGUGCCAUUUGUUUCAGGCUCACCUUUUUUUCUCUUUUUUUUCUGUUUUUACCAGUUUUUACCAGUUUGCAAAGCAUACUGUAUGAAACUAUUGUCAGUUUGCAGACUACAGUUGGGCCUUCUUCUUUAUUUGUAUGUUCAUAUAGCUGUGCUGCUCCCAUUUCAGCUCCAUCAUUAAAACUAGUAGGUAUUGUCCCUAGGGAGUGUGCAGACAUUUUUUUCAGACAUUUUUAUAGCAUUCUGGGCAGUUUGUGUAUAUACCAAAUUAGUAUGCUGCUUCUUUUUUUUAAUUUUUUUUACAAGAGACAUUGUUGCAGCAACUUGCAGUAUUUCUGAAUUGUCUAAAAAUGGUUGUUCUGUUCAUUUAUUAUUUUUUAAAUUUCAUUAUUAUUUUUUGGGAUCAGAUAUUUUUAAGAGUAUUAUAAAGAUGUGCACUUUGGUCAUUUAAAAUGAAUUUUAUUUGCUGACUAUUUUCAUAAUUUUAUCAGUGCCAAAUUCAUAAGGGAUCUACACUCUGAGCACUUUAUUAGGAACACUAUACUAAGACUGGGUAGGGCCUCCCUUUGCUCUCGGAACAGCCUCAAUUCUUUGUGGCAUGGAUUGACAAGAUGUUGAACACAUUCCUUUGAGAUUCAGUUCCAUGUUGAUUCCAUGCAAUUUCCAAGUUGUCAGCUGCACAUUCAUGCUGCUAAUCUUCCGUUCUACCACAUCCCAAAGGUGUUCUUUUGGAUUCAGAUCCGGUGACUGGGAAGGCCACUGAAGAACAUUGAACUCAUUGUGAUAUUCAUGAAACCAGUUUGAGACAACUUUUGCUUUGUGACGUGUUCUUCAUCAGGCUGGAAGUAGCCAUUAGAAGAUGGGUACAUUGUGGCCAUGAUGCACAUGGUCAGCAGCCAUACUGAAAUAGGCUGUGGCAUUCGAGUGAUGAUUGAUUUGAGUAUCAACAGGCCCAAAGUGUGCCAAAAAACGUUCCCCACACCACUGCCACCAGCCUGGAGUGUUGACAUAAAGAAGGUUGGGUCCAUGGAUUCAUCCUGUUGGCGCCAAAUUCUGACCCUACGAACUGUAUGCCUCAGCAGAAAUUGAGAUUCAUCAGACCAGGCAACUACUUUUUUUCAGUCUUCAACUGUCCAGUUUUGGUGAGCCUGUGCCCACUGCAGCCUCAGCUUCUUGUUCUUGCCUGACAGAAGUGGAACUUGGCCUGGUCUUCUGCUGUUAUAGCCCAUCCACCUCAAGGUUCGACAUGUUGUGCAUUCUGAGAUGCUUUUCUGCUCACCACAGUUGUACAGAGUGGUUAUCUGAGUUACCGUAUCCUUUCUGUCAGCUCAGACCAGUCUGGCCAUUCUCCUUUGACCUCUCUCAUCAACAAGACGUUCCGUCCGCAGAACUGCCACUCACUGGAUGUUUUUUGUUUUUCGCACCAUUCUGAGUACUCUAGAGACUGCUGUACGGGAAAAUCCCGGGAGAUCAGCAGUUACAGAAAUACUCAAACCAGCCGGUCUGGCUCCAACAAUCAUGCCACGCUUGAAAACACUGAGAUCACAUUUUUUCACGUUUGAUGUGAACAUUAACUGAAGCUCCUGACCCGAAUGUGCAUGAUUUUAUGCAUUGCACUGCUGCCACACAAUUGGCUGAUUAGAUAAUCGCAUGAAUAAGUAGGUGUACCGAAUAAAGAGCUCAGUGAGUGUACAUUAAUAAUGAGACUGACAGGUCAACUGUAAGUCCAGUGCAUAUUAUGUUGCAUACAUACAUUGUGUCUAUAAUACAUUUAACAUUAUUGUUAUAUUAUGAGGUGCUUUAGAGAUAUUUAAACUCAUUCAAACUAAUUUGCAUAAGCUUAGUGGUCAGAAAAAAUACAUUUGUGGUUAAAUUACUGGUGAGUGUAAAUCAAGCUUAUGACUUUCUUACUACGGGUAUUGUGCUUCUAUUAUAUUCAGUAAUGAAGCUAUUCAUGCCAUGAAUCAAGAAAUGUAGAUAUUGUUGCUUGGGCGUGUUCACAGUAGCUUGAAAUACAGGUAUUGGCACCUUUGGGUUUGUGUGGGAACAAAAUGAACUUUUGGUUGUUAUGAUGAAAGAUCCCAUAUGUGGGUAAGGGCACAUUAUAAGCAGGCGUUAUUGGAGCAGAGUAAUGCAUUCCUUUUUAUACAGAAUACAUUUAUCUACGUGUGUGUGGGCAUAAAUGUGUAUAUAUCGGAAACUAUUUAAUUGAUUUUUUAACUAAAUUAAUAUACAUUUAUUUAUUUCAAGAGUACUUGUAUAAGGAAAUAUUAUACUUUUUUAUUAGGUACUUUUCUUUUUGUAUGUCAGUGAAAGACAAUAUACUGGUGACUGUUUUAUUACUC